GGUGGCCAAGAUGGCGUCGGAGGGCGAGCUGGGCAGGAAGUGGGACCGGUGCUUGGCUGACUCUGUAGUCAAGCUGGGUGCCGGUUUUGGGCUGGGCAUCGUCUUCUCAGUCAUCUUCUUUAAAAGGAAGACGUGGCCUGUCACUUUGGGGUCUGGGAUGGGUUUAGGAAUGGCAUACUCAAAUUGCCAACACGACUUCCAGUCUCCUUAUCUUCUCCAUGGGAGAUUUGUCAAGGAGCAAUGACCAGUGGCUGGUGGACUCCUCUGUGGCAGAGGGGCGGCGAGACCUUGCUCCUUCCUCCGGAGGAUCAACCUGCCCU